UGUACUGUCCCAGUGAAGCUUCCAGCUGCUGUCAAUAAGAGGAAGAUUGGGGACUUUGCCAGCCGACGCGAAAAUGGUAAACAAAGAAAGGACCAAAUUUCAGCCCUGAGGUCAAAGAAGGGGGGACGCAGCAGACGGAGCCUGUCGACUCACUAAAAGAACAUUUGGAGUUACACUCUCGGAUUAGGAGCCCCCAAAAAAAAAAAGCAAUCAAAUAAAGGAAAGGGACAGAACUGGAAGAGUGAAUAACUGUGACAAAGUGGCAGCGAACUGAAUGAAUAACUUCUGUUUCAGCUGACACUGGUGGAGUUUUGCAGAUCGGGCUUGAAAUCCAUCAAACCAUCUGAACCAUGAAGCUUACUGGGACAAUCAUUCUCCCGGCUACCGCCGAAGACUUUAACGCUUAUUUGCUGAUGCCGCUACAAAGAAAUACAACAGAUUCCUCAGAAACAGCAUCCACGUCGUCGGCCUCGCAGACUGAUGGUGGCGGAAGUCGUUGUUUUAUUUGUGCGGACAGAGCCACAGGUAAACACUACGGUGCGUCCAGCUGUGACGGCUGCAAGGGCUUCUUCAGGAGGAGCAUUCGCAGCAACCAAAAAUAUAACUGUAGGUUCAACCGACAGUGUAUUGUGGACAAAGACAAAAGGAACCAAUGUCGUUACUGCAGACUGCGUAAAUGUUUCAAGGCUGGAAUGAGAAAGGAAGCUGUUCAGAAUGAGAGAGACUACAUCAACCCCCACAGAGCCAAGGGACAACCAGUAGGAACUCUGUCCGUCGACGUGCUGCUGCAGGCGGAGAGCAGCGUGCAACAGAGUCCUGACGUCAGCACCAAGAAAACCGCCUGCGUGGGAGACGUCUUUGAAUCAAUGAAGCAACAGCUCCUCCUGCUGGUGGAAUGGGCCAAACACAUCCCAGAGUUUUGCGGCCUUCACAUAGAUGACAGGGUAAAUCUGCUACGAACUCAUUCUGCAGAACAUCUUAUACUGGGGGCAGCACGACGGUCGCUGCCUUACAACGAUGUCAUUCUUUUAGGCAAUGACUUUGUGAUCCCCCUAAGAGGAGCGGGGUUAGAGGUGUCCAGAGUGGCUCUCAGAAUCCAGGAGGAGCUGGUCAAGCCUCUCAGGGAACUGGACAUCACUGACAAAGAGUUUGCUUGCCUCAGAGCCAUAGUUUUCUUUGCCCCAGCAGACUGUCCGGGGCUUGAGAACCCUCAGGUGAUCCGAUACUUACGCCUCCAGGCCCACGUUCUUCUAGAGGAAGCAACGUGUGAGCAACGAGGAAGGUUUGGAGAACUUCUGCUCAUCCUUCCUCCCCUGCAGAGUGUUGCCUGGCAGAUGGUGGAGACGCUCCAUUUGGCACAGCUGCUCGGUGAAGCAAGGAUGGACAGCCUGCUGCUGGAGAUGCUGCUUGGAGAGGAAACUGCAACAGAGGAAGGACAGAGUGCAGGCAGUGACCUGAACUGCGAGCGUCGGAAUGACCUCCGAUCUUCCCCCGCCACCUUCGCCUCGGUAAUCUCCCAUUCUUCAGCCAUUCUAACAACUAGUCUUCCUGCUGCCCACCCAGACUGGCACUGAGGUGUCCACAGACAUGGAGAGGCUGCCGGUGUGCCCACAGUGUACCCGAGGUGCAGGUCCCCUACCAACGAACACCUCGAGGAGCAACAGCUCAACCAAGGAGGACUGGAGUCCUGCAGAGCCUUAAAAAGAACAUAAGCAGGAAUAAAGAGCCUCAGUCAUGUAUUCAGUACUGAAUGUAAAUACAAACAUCCAGAAAUAAACAAGUUACGC